AUUUACGAAGAAUAUAUGCUUCGGAACGGGUCCUUAGACUCUGGAGAAAACAGGAGUGCUGAUCUACCACUUUAGCCCUAGCCCACACACACACACGUGUAUAUAUAUAUAUCUAUCUGUGUGUGUAUGUGUAUUGGUUCAAACCGAGAAACUGAGCCUUUAUUCGAUCUACAUAUUUUCUCUUUGAUUGCCAAAAUUACGACGAUUUCUGGCCCUUGCUAAUCCCAACAUCUCUUUCUUUAAUUUCUGCCACUGAUCAUCUAACUACCCAACCAUGGAGGGCCAAACCGCCCCAACGAGAGGAAGCAGCUUGAAGCGUAAGCUGGAUCCAGGAUUCCAAAACCAAAACAACCAUCAAAAGGUUCUCGUUAUCGGAGACCAUAUGAGCAAAGACGUGCUAUCAUCUACCAAACCUUGUUCGAACCAUUGGGAUUACGAGGUUUUCCUAAGUUUUAGAGGUGCAGACACUCGUAAGAAUUUUACCGAUCACCUCUAUUUUGCCUUGGUGCGAACUGGGAUUCGGACAUUUUGUGAUGAUUAUGAGCUUCCAAGAGGGGAGAAUAUAUCCAAGGAACUAAUCAAUGGGAUCCAUCGGUCAAGAAUUUCCCUCGUAAUUUUCUCCAAAGAUUAUGCCUCUUCUAGUUGGUGCCUCGAUGAGCUUGUUCAGAUCCUUCAUUGUAAAAGAACCAUGAACCAUAUUUUUAUCCCAAUAUUUUAUCAUGUAAAUCCCUCUGAUAUGCGAAAGCAAGCUGGGACUUUUGCUGAAACAUUUACUAGACUUGAAGAGAGAUUUCAGGAAGAUAUGGAAAGGGUGCAACGAUGGAGAGCAGCAUUCACUGAAACUGCGGAUUGUUCUGGCUUCGACCUCCAGAGCGAUGCAAAUGGGUAUGAAGCAAGUUUCGUUGGGAAGAUUGUUGAACAAGUUUUGUAUAAAUUGAACCCCAUUCGCUUGAAUGUUGUCAGGCACCCAGUAGGAAUAGAUUUUCAUGUCGAGGAGCUGAAAAAUUUAUUACAACUAGGAACAAGUACUACUACUGAACUUCUCAUCAUGGGUAUGUAUGGGAUGGGUGGAAUUGGUAAGACAACCUUAGCUAAAGCUGUCUAUAACCAUAUAUGCGACGGUUUUGAAGGAAGUAGUUGUCUUUUAAAUGUUAGAGAAGUUUCAGAACAAUCCAAUGGUCUAAUUCAGUUACAAGAACAACUUCUUUUUGAUAUCUUGAAAGUGAAAAUCUUACUGAUUGGUAAUGUUGACAAAGGAAUCAGUUUGAUUAAACAAAGACUUCACCGAAAAAGAGUUCUUGUUGUUCUUGAUGAUGUGGAUCGGCUCGAUCAAAUAUAUGCGUUAGCCAGAAAUGGUGAAUGGCUUUUUGGUCCUGGAAGUAGAGUCAUUAUAACAACUAGAGAUGAACAUUUGCUGGUUAAACUAGGAGUAAAUUAUUCCUACAAAGUUGAAAAUAUGAAUCAUUCGGAUUCUCUUGAGCUUUUUAGUUGGCAUGCCUUCAACACGCCCCAUCCAGAAGAAAACUUUCGUGAGAUUUCCAUUGCUGCAGUGGAUUAUGUUGGCGGGCUUCCAUUAGGACUAAAAGUUUUGGGUUCUGAUCUGCGGGGAAGAAGUAUUAUUAAAUGGAAAACUACAUUGGAAAAAUUUAGAAAGAGUCCAAAUGCCCAAAUUCAGAAAAUACUUGGAAUAAGUUUCGAGUCACUAGACCAUACUACAAGGGAGGUGUUUCUAGAUAUUGUGUGUUUCUUUACGGGUGCCAACAUAGAAUACGUCUUGAAAAUACUGGAGGAAUGUGGAUUUUUUCCAGAUAUUGCUAUCAAUAUUCUUGUUCAAAGGUCUCUCGUGAAAAUUGAUUAUCCCAAUUUGAGGAUGCAUGAUCUUAUUGGAGAUAUGGGAAGGGAGAUUGUUCGUCAAGAGUCACGUCAUCCAGGAAAACGUAGUAGAUUGUGGUCUCAUGAAGACGUUUUGAAAGUACUAAAAAACCAUACGGGAUCGGAAGUACUGGAGGGUCUCAGCCUAAAGCCGCCCAUACAUGAUCAAGACCAAGUCAUAUCUUUGGAAUCUAAAGCAUUUGCAAACAUGAAGAAUUUGAGAUUGCUUCAAAUCAAGGGUGUAAAAAAUUUAAAACUCGAAGGAUGCGUUGAGCAUCUUUCCAAAGAGCUAAGAUGAAUUUGCUGGCAUAGCUGUCCCCUGAGAUUUCUUCCGCCAAGACUUCAUCUUGAAAAUCUUGUUGUGCUUGACAUGCAGUAUAGCAAAAUCAAACAAGUCUGGAAGCUAGAGAAUAAUAUACUCAGCAAAUUGAAAGUUCUAAAUCUCAGUUUUUGUGAAGAUCUCACUAAAUCACCAAACUUCUUACAAGUCCCAAAUCUAGAGGAACUAAUACUUGAAGGUUGCACAGGCUUAGUAGAGCUGCAUGACUCAAUUGGAUAUCUAAAAGGACUUGUUUUGCUGAAUUUGAAUGGAUGCAAUAGCCUUAUGAGUCUUUCGGAAAGCAUUUCUAACUUAAAAUCUCUCAAAAUUUUUCACAUGGUCGCUGCUUCAAUAUGUGGAACUUUGCAGAUAGAACUACUAUUAACGUACCAAAUAGAUCAUGGAAUCUCAGAAAUUUCCUACGGGCUUCCCUUUAUGUUUUUAGGUCUUUGGUAAAAUUAGGUCUUAGUAACAGCCAUUUCUUGGAAGAUGACUUUCCCAUUAAUUUUGGGGACUUAUCUUCACUCCAAGAUUUGGAUUUAUCUGUCAACAAUUUUCGUGAUCUCCCUCAUAGCAUCUGUCACCUUCCCAAAUUAGCCCGUUUAAAUUUAGCUGAGUCUAGAUCCAUUCGCUCAAUUUCAACUCUCCCUGCAAAUUUAAGGAUCUUAUUUGCAUUUGGUUGCGAAUCACUGGAAAGAAUCUCAAUUUCAGAGUCACGAUUGGAUGCACUUGUACUUGCGAACUGCUACAAACUAGUUGACAUUCAAGGCUUUGAGAAUUUGGGAUUUACAAUAGCGGUUAGCCUGGAAGGGUGCUUCAAACAAGAAGAAGAUAUUGAUUUUGUGAAGAGUCUACUUGAGCUCCAGUGGAAGUGACCGUCUAUGAUUGAGAGGCGUCAGAUAUACAUGUAUGGUGACGAGAUUCCCAAUUGGUUCAGUCAUAAGAGAAAAGGGUCUUCCAUAUCCUUUCAUAUACCUUUACUUUCAGAUCAGGAAGGAGUGAUUAAUGGAUUAGUAUUUGGAGUUGUUUGUACAAAUAAGAAUAGUCUGCACGCAUGGUACGGUGAAAUUAGCAUGGUAUUCCAUAAUAAAACAAAAGGCCACAAACAAGUUAUUGAUCGAAUAUUCUAUUACAAGAUAGGGUCUGUGGAUCAUUUACUUUUGCUUCAGGUGGGAGUGGGUGGAGGUAGUAAAAUCCCAUAUGGUCAGGAGAUGACAAAUGGGGAGGAAAUCGAGGUGUCCUUCGAGUUCGAGUGUUCACAGGCGCUAGAGUACUUUGGAGUGAAGGAGUGUGGAGUUCAUUUCUUGAUCAUUCAGCGUGAGGAGGAGGCCGGUUCGAUGGUCAUGUAUAGUGAAAAGAAAAAGAAAAUGAUGGAAGACGAUCUGAUGCAGGACUCUCCUGUUACGAAGUUUACAAGACACAGACCUCAUAAUCGGCCGGUGGUCUGGGAAUACGACGGGAUCUUUACUUUUGUGUCCUAUAUAGAACGAAACACAAGUACUCUUGCUCUUGUGUUAGACCCUUUAGAAAAGUUGCCCCGGGACAAGCCUCGACACACUCACUGACAUGUCUAGUCGGGCCCCAUGGUGAGCCAGUAGCAUGCCAUGGCAAGCCCACGGACCAGGCCAGUCCAUGGCCCAUGCCAUGGGCCAUUUUUAGCACCGGCUAGCACCAGUCAGGCUGUGGGUCCCACAUGGGCCCCACGACCAGAAUUUUAUCAUCAUUUUAUUAUUUUAAUAAAAUCAUCUAGUAUUUAUAUAUUUCAUUAUUUCCUUAUUUUAGUACAACUAGGAAUUAAUUCCUUAGGUUAGUGUUACUAGGAAUUAAUUCCUUUCUAGGAUUUAUUUCCUUGUUCAAGCACCAUUAGGACUCUCCCCUUGUAAGCCUAUAUAAAGGCCACCUUAGUCCCAUCUUUCAUUAUCUUUUGACAAAUUCCCUUAGCACCUGUGCUUAUUUGUUCUUGAGAUCUCCUUCGGUGCUUGGCACUUGGGCUAUUUGGGUGCAACCAGUGUGAAUCCCAAAUAGAGAUUCAACACCUUGACGUUUGUGGACGGGUGUUGCUUCAUCUAUCAAUUUAUGAGCAAGUUUGUUUCUCUUUUCCAUUAUUGAGUUUCAAUCUUGUUAUUUACUUGUUAUUUGCAUUACUCUUUUUGCACUUAACAUUAUAUCACACGCCCCAUAUCAUCCCAACACACUAGAUCUACUUUGCCAUCUAGCUUUGUUGGAUUAUUCCCUUCAUAUUUCCUUUACUUCCAUAUCAUUCCAUUACCAUAUUAUCAUCCAUAUACCUUUCAUAAUCCUAGAUCUAAACCCCUUUCAUCAUAAAGCCCUAGAUCUACAAUAGAUCUAGUGCCUCCAUAUUCCCUACCAUAAACCCUAGCCUCCAUAAGGAUUUCCUAUAUUUUAGGAAACUUUAAACCCUAGCCCCACUUCCAUAAUUACCAUAAUACCACCCAAGAGGCGUCUACCAUAGCCUAAUCACACCAUUCGGCCAUCAUCAUACCAUACCAUACCAUCAUCAUCCCAUACACCAUACCAUCCCACCAAGAUCCGAUUCACAUACCAUAAACACCCAUCAUCCAUAUUCACCAAAUCUCAUCACUCAAGUCUAGACUCAAGUAAGAAGGCGAGCAAGAAGGAUAGGCUCAUCGGUCAUAGUUGGGUGAAGCGGAUCUAGAGAACCAUAGUGUUUAGGGACUAGACCGAGGUCCCUAACAUUAAUUGGUGCUUUCAUUGAGAGACUUAUCUAUUUCAUUAAGGCUUGCCUCUUUUCAUUGAUAGUCUUGCCUAUUUCAUUGUGAGCAUUACUUUGCUCGGAGAUCAAGAGAAGUCCUUACCAUGCAAGAGGGUGCAACGGGGCCCGAGAGGCCAAGUGGUUCCCAUAGGGACCGAAUUGAAGCACUAGAAGGACAAAGUACAUGGAUCCAUAGCGUCCUUGAUGAGGUCAUGACUGUUUUGGCCGAAUUAAGGAUGACCAUGAAUGUGAGCAACCGGAACAAUGAAGAGAAUAGAAGGGCCAUUGAAAGUUUGAAGAGAGAAAGGCAUGAAGACAUAGAAAGAAUUGAAAGGAGACUAGCCGAAGGGCAUGGCCAAGGGCCACCACCUCAGCCCAAUGAACCAAGGCACGAUGCCUUUGUUGAUGGGGUUGAGACAAGUGUUACCGAGUCCAUGCAAGAGCCACAAAGAGGUGAGUUUCGAAGAAGUGGUCGUGUUGAGAAUGACCAUGUGGCAGUUGAGAGGUGGAUCAUGAAUCCACUACAUCACACUAGAUCCCCUAGUGUGAGAGAAGAACCACAAGAUGUGAGAUUUCAAGAGCCAUAAAGAGAAGAAGAGCAUGAGUCCGCAAAUGCUCAUGAGAGGGAGAGGCCUUGCGACUGUGGAGAUCACCAAGAGAGAAGGCGUCAUCACCAUAAUAGAGAUGGAGGACAUUAUGGGCAACGAUAUAAUAAUGAGUACCAUGAUGAUAGAAGAGGAAACCGGCCUUAUGACCGGGGACCCAAGAGACCAAAGGUGGACUUUCCUAAGUUCAAUGGUGGGGAUCCUUAUGAAUGGCUUGACAAAGUCGAUCACUACUUUCACACUUAUGAAGUACCAUGGAGAGAAAGAGUGUCAACGGCAUGUUUUUACUUGGAAGGAAAAGCAAGCAAGUGGUGGAGGUGGAUCCGGGACCAAUAUGAAAAGGAGAGGAGAAGAUUGGGUUGGACAGCUUUUGAGAAAGAGUUCCUCAUGCAAUUUGGGCCAUCUCCUACCAUUAACCACCAUGGUCAACUUGCCAAGUUGAGGCAAGAAGGUAAAGUGCAUAGUUACAUUGAAGAGUUUAGACAACUACAAACUCUUGUGAGAGGGUGGUCCGAGGAGGCCCUUGUGGGCACAUUUGUGGAUGGGUUGAAACCUUGGAUAGCCAAGAAAGUUAAGUUGAAGCAACCCUCUAAGAUUCAAGAAGCUAUGAGGAUGGCGGAGAUCCUAGAAGAGAGCACUAAUAUGGAGAAAUGUCAAUCUAAGGAAAUGGAGAGUAAGGUUACUACACCCUUGCAAACCAAUGUUCCUUGGAAAGGCAAUGAGAAAACAGGGAAUGCUUCUAAAUCUAAGCCACUUGAAGUGAAGAAACUUUCAAGAGAAGAGUUCCAAGAUAGAAUAAAGAAGGGCCUUUGUUUUAAGUGUGGAGAAAAAUGGGACAUAGGGCACAAAUGUAGAUCGGGGCAAGUAUACAUGUUGGUUGAUGAGAGAAGUGAGGAAGAGGAUGAUGGUUAUUUUGUAGAAUCCUCUAGCCAAGAGAACAACCAAGAGGAGACCAAAGUGAACAAAAAUUAUGAGGAGGCCGAGUUGUCCCUUAAUACCUUGAUAGGGACCCAAAAACAUACGUCCAUGAGGGUAAUGGCAUGGAUAGGAACAAUAGAAGUCCCUUUGUUGGUAGAUAGUGGCUCCACACACAACUUCAUCAACGCCACCCUUGUUGCCAAGGUUGGGUUGAAACCGAUUGCUAUAGAGCCAUUUGAGGUAAAGAUGGCUAGUGAGGACAAGAUGAAAUGUGAAGGGCUAGUGAAAGAAGUAAAAAUGAAUGUGCAUGGAGUGAGAGUUGUGGCGGAUUUACACAUACUUCCUUUGGUGGAGCUUGAUGUUGUAUUGGGCAAUCCAUGGCUCAAGAGCCUUGGAAGGGUAGUGCUUGACUACAACAAAAGGACCAUGGAAUUCAAGUUAGGGUCCAAGAAGAAUGUAUGGGUAACUUUAGCAUCCAAUGAGGCCAAGUCAGGUGAGGCAUCAAUGUUAGAAAAAUUGGGCAAAGGAGGGGCACAUUGUUUUGCCAUGGAGAUGGCUAAGGAAGAGAAUGAGGAGAGGGCAUGGGCAUUUUCAAAUUUUAUCCUUGAGGGCAAGGAUGUGCUUGAAGGGAGGGGGAAUGUUAGACCCUCUAGAAAAGUUACCCCGGGACAAGCCUCGACACACUCACUGACAUGCCUAGUCGGGCCCCAUGGUGAGCUAGCAACAUGCCAUGGCCCAUGCCAUGGCAAGCCCACGGACCAGGCCAGCCCAUAGCCCAUGCCAUGGGCCAUUUUCAGCACCGGCUAGCACCAGUCAGGCUGUGGGUCCCACAUGGGCCCCACGACCAGAAUUUUAUCAGCAUUUUAUUAUUUUAAUAAAAUCAUCUAAUAUUUAUAUAUUUCAUUAUUUCCUUAUUUUAGUACAACUAGGAAUUAAUUCCUUAGGCUAGUGUUACUAGGAAUUAAUUCCUUUCUAGGAUUUAUUUCCUUGUUCAAGCACCAUUAGGACUCUCCCCUUGUAAGCCUAUAUAAAGGCCACCUUAGUCCCAUCUUUCAUUAUCUUUUGACAAAUUCCCUUUGUGGUUAGCUUAUUUGUUCUUGAGAUCUCCUUCGGUGCUUGGCACUUGGGCUAUUUGGGUGCAACCCGUGUGAAUCCCAAAUAGAGAUUCAACACCUUGACGUUUGUGGAUGGGUGUUGCUUCAUCUAUCAAUUUAUGAGCAAGUUUGUUUCUCUUUUCCAUUAUUGAGUUUCAAUCUUGUUAUUUACUUGUUAUUUGCAUUACUCUUUUUGCACUUAACAUUAUAUCACACGUCCCAUAUCAUCCCAACACACUAGAUCUACUUUGCCAUUUAGCUUUGUUGGAUUAUUCCCUUCAUAUUUCAUUUACUUCCAUAUCAUUCCAUCACCAUAUUAUCAUCCAUAUACCUUUCAUAAUCCUAGAUCUAAACCCCUUUCAUCAUAAAGCCCUAGAUCUAUAAUAGAUCUAGUGCCUCCAUAUUCCCUACCAUAAACCCUAGCCUCCAUAAGGAUUUCCUAUAUUUUAGGAAACCUUAAACCCUAGCCCCACUUCCAUAAUUACCAUAAUACCACCCAAGAGGCGCCUACCAUAGCCUAAUCACACCAUUCGGCCAUCAUCAUCCCAUACACCAUACCAUCCCACCAAGAUCCGAUUCACAUACCACAAACACCCAUCAUCCAUAUUCACCAAAUCUCAUCACUCAAGUCUAGACUCAAGUAAGAAGGCGAGCAAGAAGGAUAGGCUCAUCGGUCAUAGUUGGGUGAAGCGGAUCUAGAGAACCAUAGUGUUUAGGGACUAGACCGAGAUCCCUAACAUCUUGUCCACUCUCGCGGGUAAUUAUAUAAGUAAAUAGUGAUUGGAUUGGACUUUAUUGGGCCGGCUGUUACUCUAUGACGGAAAGCUAAUUUUAAGGCGAUUACGCUCGUGGUCUUGAGAAUGUAACCGAAAUUAGUAUUUGGAGUUGUUUGUAGAAAUAAGAAAAGUAUAUGUCCUAUAGUAAAUAGUUAGAUAUCAUGUUUUAAAAUAAAAAUAAUAUUAAAAAAUUAGAUUCAAACAAUUUUUAAACUUUGUAGUAUUUUUAUUUAACAUUUUGUCUCUCAUUUUUCAAAAUAUAAUAAAAUAUUUUAAUUCAAAUUAUUUCACCUACUAUUUAUAGAAUUUUAAGAUACUUCAUGUGUCAAAACAAGCUUUUACUAUUUGCUUAAAAGCAUUUCAAAGGACUUUUACUAUAGGUGAGAAGCGACAUAUUCGAUACAAGUUUAGGACAUUUAAGUCUCUGAUAAAUCAUUUUAAAAUGUGUGAAAUUUUUCUCAAAUUGCUCUAGCUUUUUGUUCAAGAAAUUUGCGCAAAACUUACAUGUAGAAGAAAUUGACAGCAAGGUUCCUAAAAUCACAAGAAGUCAACUACAGUCUACAUAUACUAAGGAAACAGACGAGGAUAUCACGCAAUAUAAUCCUCCACACCGAUAGAUCAGUUGUUGUGUUUAUUUGUACAUGUUUAACUUGCUGCAAACUAUUUUAGAAUUGUUACAUAAUUUUAGCUUUCCUUGUAUAAGUACACCAAGGCUACUCUGAUAUUACUGGAUUUUAUUGAUUACUUAUCUUCGAUAUUAAUGUUCAAACCAAUGAAAAAAAAAAAAAACCAUUUUUUGAUUACACA